AAUAGUGAUGACGUGUUUAAUGGCAAUAUUCAAGAAUUGUUCAAGAAUUACUGUAAAGUGUAAAUUAAAUUAAAAAAAUCUUAAAGUUUGUUAAUCAUUGAAAUGGUUGAUGAAAGUACUCGUAAAACUCUUAGCAAUAUACCAUUGUUACAAACUAGAGCCGGACCUAGAGAAAGAGAUAUUUGGGUUCAGCGACUAAAGGAAGAAUAUCAAGCAUUGAUUAAGUAUGUUCAAAACAAUAAGGAUUCUGGGACAGAUUGGUUUAGGUUAGAAUCAAAUAAAGAUGGAACGAAAUGGUUUGGAAAAUGCUGGUACAUGCACAACCUAUUGAAAUACGAGUUCGACGUUGAGUUUGAUAUUCCUGUUACGUACCCAACUACAGCACCAGAAAUUGCGUUACCUGAAUUGGAUGGAAAAACUGCAAAAAUGUAUAGGGGUGGUAAAAUAUGUUUGACAGAUCACUUUAAGCCACUUUGGGCAAGAAAUGUUCCAAAAUUUGGAAUAGCUCAUGCGAUGGCUCUUGGGUUAGCUCCAUGGCUGGCCGUCGAGAUACCGGAUUUAAUUGAAAAAGGUAUAAUAACCUAUGAAGAUAAAACAGACACUUAAAUAAAAUUAUUUAGCAUAUAACUGUAAAUAAAAAGUGUAUUUUCAAUUUAUGUAUUGAAAGUGGUGUAAAAUAAAUCAAUUGUAUACUUAAAAUUAAA